AUGGUAGCGGGUGAACGAAUCAACCCUAGCUCUUAUCGUCUUCUUCAUCACCCUCUCUCUCCCCUCCCCCAAAACCCAAACAGUCACUGGCGAUUCAUCUUCUCCGUCGUUACACCGGAGAUAAUUUCUUCUGAACGAUGUGAUCGACAUUGCAACCGCCGCGUUCUCUCUCUCCGACGAUUCUACAGCUCUAAAACAAUUGCAUCUGCAGCUUCUUCUUCUUCCCCUGUGACGACGACGACCUUGGACGCUGCUUCCGUCUCUCCUCCUCAAUCCCAGAUUCUCACCACUCGUCGUUCUCUUCUCUCCGGCGAAAUCACAGCUUCAGAGAUAGCUAAAUCUUAUCUCUCUGAACCGCAGCUUAAAUGUUUCCUUCACGUAUCUCAGAAUGUUCUGAGAGAUCCUCAAGAGAUCGAUGAACGAAUCGCUAAGGAUGAGGAGUUGGGUCCUCUCGCCGGAGUUUUGAUCGGCGUUAAGGAUAAUAUCUGCACGGAAGGUAUGCCUUCUACCGCCGGUUCUUGUAUCUUAGAGGGAUUAUUGCUGGCAAAACCAAUAUGUAUGAAUUUGGAAUGGGAAGCUUCUGCAUUUCAGGUAACUGCGAAUCCAUGGGACUUGACCCGUGUACCGGGAGGUUCAGCAGCAGCUGUUGCGGCAAAACAAUGUAUGGUGUCUCUUGGUAGUGAUACAGGGGGAAGUGUGAGACAGCCAGCUUCGUUUUGUGGUGUUGUUGGUCUUAAGCCAACUUAUGGGCGUGGCUCUCGGUUCGGACUUAUGGCUUAUGCAUCUUCGUUGGAUUUGAUUGGUUGCUUUGGCUCUACUGUUGCUGAUGCUGGGAUGAUUCUUCAUGCUAUUUCUUGGUAUGAUAGGUUCGACGCCACAAGUAGCAAACAAGUAAGGCCUCUUGUUGUUGGUUUCCUGCAUUAUAACGAGAGAGAGGAAAGAUUUGGUCUGAUUCCCGAGACACUCGAAGAAGGUAUUGAUUCUGGAGUGAGCUCUGCAACUCAGGAAGCUGCGUCUCACUUAGAAGCAUUGGGUUGUGUAUUAACAGAGAUUGAUUCUUGCGUUGGAAAUGAAGAUGUGGGAAUCAAGUUAUGGCUGACGAGCUCAACAAGCUGUAUGAAUGUUUUCCCCGUGGAGAAUGAUUUGGUGGGGAGGUACAAUUUCAUAAAUGACUCCAUCUGA